AGAAAGAGGAAGAAGAAAACGAAGAAGAGGAAGAAGAAGAGGAAGAGGAAGAAUAAAAAGAGAAGGAAAAAGAUUAAGGAGAAAAAGAAAUUCGAAGCUAGCGGGGCGCUAGGCGCCAAUAGAUUCGCGACGUCGCGUUCGAGUUCGCGACUCAUCCGCCAAUAGUAGUUGCUCGUGAUGCUGCACGCGAGGAUCGUCGUCGGCGGUGUCGCGACGUCGUCCCGUGUUACGUGCUCUACCACGUCGAAUAAUUUAUCUCGUAUUCUUUUACGUUGUCACAUAGAUGUCGAAAAAAAAAUCCGAUCGAUCGGUGAUCGUGCGAUCAAUCGUGGCCAAAUUACUCGACAUGACAUGCGCGGAAAUUACCUGAAGAUGUUGGAGAAGUGCAAGUCAAAAAAACUUCCACCAGAUGUCAAUCAUAAAGGAGUUUUCGCUUGCAACGAGCUCGACCUAGAGGAAGUUAAAGUCUAUGGAUUCGAUUAUGACUACACUCUCGCUUGUUACAAACCCUCGAUGGAUUAUCUACUUUAUAACUUAGGACGAGAUAUGUUAAUACAAAAAUACAAGUAUCCAGAAGGCAUCAGUGAACUCGAAUACAAAGAGGAUUUUGCUGUCCGUGGACUUCAUUAUGAUAUCGAGAAGGGUCUAUUGUUGAAACUUGAUAGUUUCCUACAAAUUCAGUUUGGUACUGUUUAUCGAGGUCUACACCCGUUGCCCAACGAAGAUGUUCUCAGGCUCUACAAGAACAGGAUAAUUCCAAUAGCUUACGUAGAAGCACCAAACAAACACUCACAGAAUAAGGAUGAUUUGCAUCGAACAAAAAUGGUCCAACUGGCAGAUCUAUUUUCUGUACCGGAAAUGAGUCUAUUAUGCAACGUCACGGAAUACUUUUUAAGGAAUCAUAUCGAUUAUCAUCCGGAAAUACUUUUCCGAGAUGUUAAGAAUUCCGUGAAAAAUUGUCAUCCCAUAAUGCACGGCAUGGUAACGGAAAACGUAGCCGAAUAUCUGGAACAGAACAAAGAUUUGAGGAGGUUCUUUGAGAGGCUCAAAAAUGCUAAGAAAAAUAUGUUCUUGGUGACGAACAGUCCAUUUCAUUUCGUUGACAUAGGUAUGAAAUUUUUGGUUGGCGAUAAUUGGAAGGAUUAUUUCGACGUGGUGAUCGUGCAAGCGAGAAAGCCAAGAUUCUUCACGGAGGAAUCACGGCCAUUACGAAUUUACGAUGAAGUGAACAAGACUCAACUCUGGGAUCGCGUAACCAAAUUACAAAAAGGUGUUAUAUACCUAGAAGGUACGGUCAAGCAGCUGCAAGAUAUGACAGGAUGGCGAGGACAUCAAGUGUUGUAUUUUGGUGAUCACCCGUAUAGCGACCUGGCGGACGUAACUCUGGAACAUGGUUGGAGAACCGGUGCAAUAAUUAAGGAAUUAACUCACGAAAUUGAAACACUAAAUCAUCCAAAAUUCAAACAGAACGCGAACUGGCUUCAAAUGUUGACCGGUCUAAUAGAGGAACAUCAAGAUUACGAAGGUCCAGAAGUUCAGGACGAGCUUAACCAAUGGAUGGAGGAACGCGAUCGACUGAGAAAUGAAAUAAAGUGUGUAUUCAAUAAACAGUUCGGUUCGGUCUUCAGAACGUAUCACAAUCCGACCUACUUCUCAAGAAGACUUUUUAGGUUCGCGGAUGUUUACAUGAGUUCGAUCACGAAUCUUUUAGAAUACUCGACCAGUCACACGUUCUAUCCGAGAAGAGGUGUCAUGCCUCACGAAUACACGAGUUACUUCGUGUAAAUAAUUCGAAUUUGUAAGUGCUUCCGUUUUCUCUCUUUCUCUCUCUCUCUCUCUCUCUCUCUCUCU